CCCUCUCUCCCUCCCUCUCUCCCUCUCUCCCUCUCUCCCACUCUCAGUGACAGAAGUGAAGUGCCCCGCCCCUCCGCGUUUUCCCCGUAGGCAGGAACACACACACACACACACACACACACGCGCGCGCCCCCCUAACCGAGUGAACCCAGCGGUCGGUUAACGGAGGAGAAGAAGAUGGCAGAGCGGCGUGAACAGCCGAAACACGAAGGCAGGGUAAAGAUCGGCCAUUACAUCCUCGGCGACACGCUCGGCGUGGGAACCUUCGGGAAAGUGAAGAUUGGCGAGCAUCAGCUGACGGGCCACAAAGUGGCAGUAAAGAUCCUAAACAGACAGAGGAUCCGCAGCCUCGAUGUCGUCGGGAAGAUCAAACGGGAGAUCCAGAACCUCAAAAUGUUCAGACACCCGCACAUUAUCAAGCUGUACCAGGUGAUAAGCACACCCACAGACUUCUUCAUGGUCAUGGAGUAUGUGUCCGGAGGGGAGCUGUUUGACUACAUCUGCAAACAUGGACGGGUGGAGGACACUGAAGCCCGCCGGCUCUUCCAGCAGAUCAUCUCCGGCGUGGACUACUGCCACAGGCACAUGGUGGUCCACAGGGACCUGAAGCCCGAGAACGUCCUGCUGGAUGCCAACAAGAACGCCAAGAUUGCCGACUUCGGCCUGUCCAACAUGAUGUCGGACGGCGAGUUCCUGCGGACGAGCUGCGGCUCACCAAACUAUGCUGCUCCGGAAGUCAUCUCAGGAAGGCUCUACGCGGGCCCCGAGGUGGACAUCUGGAGCUCCGGGGUGAUCCUGUACGCGCUGCUGUGCGGCACCCUGCCCUUCGACGACGAGCACGUCCCCACGCUGUUCAAGAAGAUCAGAGGAGGCGUCUUCUACAUGCCCGAGUACCUGACUCGCCCCGUGGCCUCGCUGCUCGCGCUCAUGCUGCAGGUGGACCCUCUGAAGAGAGCCACCAUCAAAGACAUCAGGGAACACGAGUGGUUCAAGCAGGACCUGCCGGGCUACCUGUUCCCCGAGGACCUCUCGUGCGACGCUUCGGUCCUGGACGAGGAGGCCGUGAGGGAAGUGUGCGAGAAGUUUGAAUGCACCGAGACCGAGUUUGUGUCCAGCCUGUACAGCGGGGAUCCACAGGAUCAGCUGUCCGUGGCCUAUCACCUCAUCAUAGACAACCGGCGCAUCAUGACCCAGGCCAGCGAGUUCUACCUGGCCUCCAGCCCUCCCCAGGGCUCCUUCAUAGAGGAGGGCAUGCCGCUGCCCCCCGGCUUCAAACCCCACCCGGAGAGGAUGCCCCCGCUGCUGGCCGACAGCCCCAAGUCCCGCUGUCCUCUGGACGCGCUCAACACCACGCGGCCCAAACCCCUGGCGGUGAAGAAGUCCAAGUGGCACCUCGGGAUCCGGAGUCAGAGCCGACCCUACGACAUCAUGGCUGAGGUGUACAGGGCGAUGAGGCAGCUCAGCUUCGACUGGAAGGUGGUGAACCCGUAUCACCUGCGGGUGCGGAGGAAGAACCCAGUGACGGGAACCUUGGUGAAGAUGAGCCUGCAGCUGUACCAGGUGGACUCCAGGUCCUACCUGCUCGACUUCAAGAGCAUCGACGAUGACAUCAUCGAGGCGGCGGGCUUUAAAUCGGGUUCGAACACCCCCCAGAGGUCGGGCUCCACCGCCGGCCUCCACCGCCCCCGACUGAGCAUGGACUCGGCGAGCCCGGCGGCCGACCUGCCCCAGCUCAGCUCCUCUCUCCCGGGGUCGCUGUCCGCCGGCGGCGGCCCGCUGCUCCCCCCGCGCCAGGGAUCACACACCAUGGACUUCUUUGAAAUGUGCGCCAGUCUGAUCACCACGCUGGCACGCUGAGGGGGGGUGGGGGGUGGGGUGGGGGGUUAAAAGAUGAAGGGGGUGUAGAGGUUGGGGGUGACUUCCUCUCUCGGUCUCCUCUCCAAAGCCGGUCGACUCAGAUUACGGAGACCCGUUUCUUGCGUCAGAUUUCAAAAAAAAAAUUCUUCUGAAAACUGAUCUGGAAUCUGUGAACCCGCGAGAGGCCAGUGAAGGCGAGAGGGCCGCGGGGUCAAGUUCAACGUCACUCCUCCCACAAAUACCCUCAGUCUAUCAUCACCAGCAUGUUACGUGACGGAGGGGGCACCCCGACACUGAUCGGAGGUCAGUUUUUUGCUUCUUGUCUUAUAUUUUGAUGAAGACACCGGUUGGUUAAAAAAGUUUAAAAAAAAGUAACAUUAAAUCUGAAUGUAAAAAGUAUAUUAUAUGGUUUGUAAAAGAAUAUAUUACGCUACAAUCACGUGACGUAGCUGAAAGAGUGUACCAAAGAUCAUAAGAUGAUUAUUAUUUAGAUAUCAGACACACACACACACACACACACACUCUCUAACUGUACAGUGACAGACGUCAUAUCAGACGUCUGUCACUGUACAGUUAGCUGAUGUUAGGGCGACAAUAAUUAACGUUAUUAAGAUUUCUUUUUUAAAUGAGAAUUACAGCCCAA